AAAAAUCGUAAACAAGAUACAAACGUUUCUCAAGCUAACAACAAUCCGUGAUUUAAAAAUCGAAAUGAUUUUCUCCCACUUCGUGAGUGACGAUAGCAGCAGUGAAGAAGAACCAACGGUGGAUCUGGCAAAACAGCGCCGACUGCUUCGAAGUGUUUUCGACCCGUUACAGCUUUCUAACCAAGCAUUUAAGAAAAAUUUCCGUGUGUCGAAGGAAAUUUUUGUUGACAUUCUGGCGGAGAUCGAGCCCAAGUUCCCACCGGUUAAGGGAAAGGGGCUCAAGCCAAACGAAAUGUUGGCUGCUGCUCUGCGGUUUCUAGCUGAAGGCAGCUACCAAAAUGGAACAGGAAACGAUUAUAAAAUAGCUAUUGCUCAGCCUACUUUCUCGGUAGCCUUUGCAAAGUGCUUAAAUAUAAUCGAAGAAACUUUAGGGAACAAAUGGAUCUCUUUAGCGAUAGAACCAGAUGAGCAACAAGAUGCACGACGAUACUUCUACUCAAAAAGUGGCAUCCCUGGUGUUGUGAUGUGUGUUGAUGGAACACACAUAAAAAUUAUUGCCCCAGUGGACGAUUAAGAUCAGCAUUUUAACCGGAAGGGCUAUUACAGCUUAAACGCGAUGAUUAUUUGCGACCAUCUCAUGAAAAUUCGUUAUGUGAAUGCCAAAUUCGGAGGAGCUAAUCACGAUUCACAUAUUUGGAAUGUAAGUGGAAUGGACAACUUUUUCGAAACAAAACAUCGACGCGGAGAAACUGCAUUCAAUCUACUAGGUGAUGCUGGAUACCCGUCAAAACCGUGGUUAAUAACACCAAAACGUAAUCCUGCUCCAAACACACCAGAAGCUGCCUUUAAUAAAAACCAUUCUUUAGGUAGAGAAAUAGUGGAGCGCACGAUCGGGUUGCUCAAAAAUAGAUUCAGAUGUUUGUUAGGUGCUCGACAGUUGCACUACACCCCGGUAAAAGCAACUCAAAUAACGAACGUAUGUUGUAUCUUACACAACAUGUGCAUUGCGUAUGGAUUGGAAGAGCCAAGCUCAGAUGAAUAAAAGGCAACUAGAGGCAGGCUAGAGGUCAAGUUCAUUUAUUUUUUUAAGUUCAUCACAUAAGUUUGCAUCACAAAAAGAGUUCAUUUAUCACAGUUCAGUUAA